AUGGCGGCGAGGGCGCUCUCCCAGAAGGAGGCGGACAUCCAGAUGAUGCUCGCGGCGGACGUCCACCUCGGCACGAAGAACUGCGACUUCCAGAUGGAGCGCUACGUGUUCAAGCGCAGGAGCGAUGGUCAGUGGUGGAUUGUUUGCCUUCUCUCCACUCCACUCCCCUCCCGCCUGUCGUCGUUGAUCGUUCCUUUUGUGGUCUGAAAUCCAAGGGUUGGUUUUGUGGCCCAGAUCUGUUGGCUCGACGUCGCUGCUUCUUGGCUCUUCGAAGUGGAUUUUUUUACGUUUCUAUGUUCGGUGUUGUGCGUUGUCAUCGGAGAUCAAAGCUUCGUAUUAUUGUAGUGUCUUAUCAUUCUCAUGUUCGCAUUAAUAUUCUUCUUCCCUGUCUCUGUACUGAAAUGUGGAUAUCCAGCUGCUCUGGCUACGUACUCCAUUCCUUGAAGACAUCAGUGGGGAAUUAGAACAAACCGUGAUAUAUGAUCCGACUAUGAGUUCGUGAAUCUUAUUUUAAUUCGUAUCAUAUUUUCCCAGUUUAGUGUUCUCACUGUUUAAUUCAUCCAUUACGUGGUUUAGUUUGGUAUAAUUGAUAGUGUUGUCGCAACUGCCUUGAAUAUGCGAGGGAUGCUUACUAUAUUUAAGAUUUCCAAACAGUUUAUUUAUUGAUCAAGCUUAGAGAAUACAAUGAUAGAGCACUGGUUUAUGCUGAGGACUAUUUUUGGUUAUUUCAGUCGUGAUAGCAUACUUUUAGCUAAUGUUUCUCAUGACACGACUAUAAUGGGUCGUUUCUUUCUUAUUAGUAACGUCGUACUGUUCUUGUCAGCUGCAAUAAAAAAAUGAUGUAAUACCAGGAAAAGUAUGUUUUUUUGAUAAUUUAUUAGCGACGGGAACGUUUUGUUGUUUGAUUGUUGGGUCUGAGAUCUACUCUAUCUUUUUAUGUUCAGGUAUCUUCAUCAUUAACCUUGGAAAAACAUGGGAAAAACUUCAGCUUGCUGCCAGGGUUAUUGUUGCUAUUGAGAAUCCUCACGACAUCAUCGUCCAAUCUGCUAGACCCUACGGUCAGAGGGCUGUUCUGAAGUUUGCUCAGUACACUGGUGCUCACCCCAUUGCUGGGCGUCAUACCCCUGGAACAUUCACAAAUCAGCUCCAAACGUCAUUCAGUGAGCCUCGUCUUCUGAUCCUUACCGAUCCCAGGACUGACCAUCAGGUGGGUAUCACUGUUUUCCUAUUAGUCUUCGUGCAUGGCCAUUUUCAUUAGUUUGUGCCUACUUUCUCAUUAUUCGCAGCCAAUUAAAGAAGGUGCCCUUGGAAACAUCCCCACCAUUGCCUUCUGUGACACGGACUCUCCAAUGCGCUAUGUCGAUAUUGGAAUUCCUGCGAAUAACAAAGGGAAGCACAGUGUUGGAUGCUUGUUUUGGCUCUUGGCUAGGAUGGUCCUGCAGAUGCGUGGUACCAUCCUCCCUGGUCACAAGUGGGAUGUGAUGGUACGUGAUGAUACUAUACUCUCCUUUUUUAAGUUUUCCAUCUCUUAUUAAAUUUUUAAUGCUUGCUCUCUUAUCUUUGUACACACUUUAGACCAAAUUAGCGAGAACAAGGGAUUGAAUUUAUGGGUUGUUUUUAGUUGCGUCUUCUAAGGUAACCUGAUAUAAGAAUGGGACCGUGGAUUAUUUUAGCCGACCAAACAUUAUUAUUUUGAUUAUCCUCCUCGCCAAGCAGUUGCUUUUCUUGGGAAAUAUUUUGGGCGACAUGAAUUUUCAAUACUGAAUAAUGUCUCUUUCUUCAGUUUGGGAGCUUGUAUCUUAGAACCAUAUCGGGGUCCUAAUUGUACAGCUUUUGUAUGCCUUCAAAUUCGUGAGAUUUACGUCUCCUUGAACUCUUGUCCCAGUCAAAUCGAGUCACAUUGGGUUAAUUCCCCUAAUAUUUCCUUGUGAUGUAAAGGUGGAUCUGUUUUUCUAUCGGGAGCCUGAGGAAGCAAAGGAACACGAGGAGGAAGAGGUUUCAGCCCUUGCGCCCCCGGAGUACGGCACCAUACCGGAAUAUUCUGCUGGCCCGCUUGGUGUAUCUGCAGACUGGGGCCAAGAACAGUGGGUAGCUGGAGAAGUGCCUGCAGCGGCGGCGGCCGUCACCCAGCCCAUAGCCGGUGCGGCCGAGUGGACUGCAUCGCCAGGUUAGACCCUGCGGCUGGUGUUCAUCCUUUUCUCCUCUCCGUCUGCGCCAUCUUCUUGAUCUUUCUGAGUGAAUUUUAAACUUGUGUGCCUCCUGCAGCCCCCGUGGCUGCGGCUGAGGGGUGGGACGUGGCUCCCGUGCCAGUUGCUGCUCCCGUGAUCGAUGGUGCCAUCCAACCCACAGGAUGGGAGUAA